CUCUGACAUUUCCAAAAAGCUGUUCCGAGUCAGUCUGCUUUUGUUUCUGCAGGAUGUGUCAUAGCUGCGCCCCACGCUGAUGAAACUGUUGUAUUUCAGAUGAGAUGCAAAGUCACUUCCUACAGUCUGCCAAAACUCCAUCCCCUGCAAUAAUCCGCGCAAAUUCAACCACACAUGCAGGCAAACUGACACGAAUCAGAAGAAAUCACCAGAAACUGAUCAUCGUAAAGUAACCAUCGGACGCAGGCUGCAUGCAGUUUGUGAGUUUGCAAACGAUUGCAGAUCAGAUAGAUAUCUCAGCACUCCGACAACAGGAAACAAGAGAAAGAGCGCCACUGACACAAUCGAAACCUGCAUCCAUGAAGCUUCGACCCCACCAUGUUCCCUGGGCUGCAUGUACACCUUCAUUCAUACAGUCGUUGAUGUGAACUGAGGCGAUGGAGAGCCCGUCGUCCACAGUGAGGCGGCGAGCCUGGAUCAACAGCAGCCGACAGUGGCCCACUCUGGGAGAGCUGGACCCUGAGGGACCACCAUGCAACCUCCCCUCUGCCUCUAUAGCCGAUGAUGAUGUCUUUUCUGACGGAUGCUUCACAGGAAAGAUUGAGAACUGGCUCCUGGGAUGUGGGUCGGAGGCGUACUCAGAGAAGACUGGCCAACUGAGUGUUGAGUCUGUGCUGAAAGCCAGAAACUUUGACGAUGAGCUAAGUCUUGGUGCUGAUGCUUCUUGUUUAAAUGGUGGAGAGAUUACACCUGAAGCUGGCCUCGUACACGAUCCCAUAUCCCAACAAGGUCCCAGCAGACUCACCAGUACCCCUCGUCAGAAACUAUGUCUGCCGUCACUGAACUUGGGCCAGAGCAUGGCCUCCAGCUGCCUCUCCUCCUCCUGCCUCUCCUCCUCAUCAAGUAUAUCGGAGGUCCUGCAGUUGUGUUCGGAGGAUCCGGAGGAGACGCUGUACGAGUUGGGUUUCGGCUGCGAUGAGCCGCAGGUCACUGUCCGCAUCCCUUCUCGCUUCUUCACCUUCCCCUCCAUGUCUCAGGGCAUCAAUUUCCGCCUCUUCCUGGACUCACAGCUACGGCGGAUACGAGAGGAAGACCCCAGCCUCUCUCUUGCUAGUCGUUUCAGACAAGUGCAAGUGCUCACAGCAAUGGCCAACGCUUUCUACUCCCUCUACUCUCACGUGUCCCGCACUCCUGUACAGAAACUGGCCACACCAGAGUUUACCUUCUCCUCGUCUCCCGUGGAGAGGAUCGAACGCUUCAGGAGCCCUGUCCGCAGCGAGCCACGCUCUCCGGUGGAGAGGCUGAAGGACACCGUCUCCAAGAUGUGUCUGUACACAGGCUCUCCUCGCGGGUCAGACUCCACCUCUCCGCAGCCCUCACCCAUGAAAAGUUCCAGCCUCCCUGAUGUUGUGGAUAUAGUCCUGGAAAAAGUCAAGACUGGGGCGACCAAGAAACUGGAUUUGGGGGAAUAUUAUAACAGGAAUCCAGCUGUGGAUGUUGGGCUGGUCACGGAUGGUGAUAAAUCCUGUGACAGUGGGAAAGAGGAGCAAACACAGCAGACUGUGGUGGACACAGACAUUCUUCAAAAUGGAAAUAAGAUCUGUAAUAGGGAGAUGCAGGGCAGCAAACAAACCGAUAAUGUUGAUGCCGAUGAAAACUGUGUCAAACCAGACCACCUCGACACCAGGACUCACAGUGUAAGAACAACUCUAGCGUCAUCGUUAUCAGGAGAAACUGCGAUAGAAACACGUCAGCUGGACUCGUGUUCAACUCAAAGUGAGACAUGGACUGCUGAUCUGAAACCAGUUGCCAAGAUUACACACGAUCUAAUCUGCCCGCAGAUAGUCGAAAGUGUACACCAGGCACCUUUCUGUUGUCAACGCACACUUUGUCCAAAAACAAACACUUUACCUCCUGUCUCCUCUGAGACAGAACGCAUAGAUAAAUCAUGUCCUGGAUCACAUAUACAAACAGCUUUCCCUGAGCCAGAUGCCAAACAGCUGGAUGCAGCCAGAUCACUUCCAGUCCCAGCCCCCACUGCAAGCUACACCAAUUGCUGCAUCACUGUGACUGGCUGGGAGGGGGACGACGUCUCUUCCUGUUCCUCAAACACACCAGAUUCUGAUCAUACUUCUACUGUCACACCUGUCCAGACAUGUGAGGAGUCAUUUAACGAGGGGGAAAGCCGGUACCUGAAACCACAGACACAUCAGGGCCUGGGCCACGAGUCCAAUAACCUGCAACAGGUUAACUCCUUUGAGCUGGAGGAGGUGCAUAGUGCAGGAGAGGAAGAUUUUGGAGAAUUUUCGGAUUUUUCAGAAACUACAACAACAACAACCUCUCUGUUGUCCAACAAACAUCAAUGCAAAGGUGAGGUGGUCCGGGGCGACAGCAUGCAGUCAGACAGCAGCGGCUACGCGGACGAAGAAGUCAGCCCCUCAUCCAACACACAUAGCAGAUGACAGAAAAACCAGAACUCCAUGUAAAAAGUGUUAAUAAAGUAGUGUUGUUUUUUUUCAUCUGUGGACUUUUUCCUGCACUGAAGAUUUGAGUUUCCAAGAAAAGGGCCUGCAGUCAAACCGGCCCAAAAUAUUUAAAUGUAAACAAUAGACCUCGCUGAACAGGCCAGACUACUGUUGUUACUGUGUGCUGUUGUCUGAUGGGUACAGUGCAGUGGAAAGGAAUUUACAGACAAAGUCUAAAUCUUAAACAGACUUGGUCUCAUGUGAAACUUUCAGAGACUGGAGAAGCUUUUUGUUCUCAAUAAGAAGAGUUGCACUUGCAGACAUGCAAAGCAUUACGUUUCUUCCGUGUUCAUACUGAAUACAGAAUUUUGAGAAGAAGUAAUCAUACGGUAAAACUGUUCCUGUACAAAGGUCUUGAUGAAAUACUGUGUGGACCAUGUUCAAAUUAUAAAAUGGUUAUUGGAGAAUAUUCAAGUUAUUACAACAGUUGGCAGUAAAAUGUACAAAAAAUGUUUUAUUGGAAACAAAGUCAAUUUCACAUGGAGCUCACAUAGUAGUUCAUUGUUUCUCUAAAACUGGCCAACCUUUUCUACUACCACAACAAAGAAGUCUAACUCAAAUGUCAGCAUAGUUGUCAAGGGUUUCAGCAACUAAAACUCACUUAAAAAACGGCCUAAGUUCCUUAUUUGAAUUAUCAGAAAAACAAGAUGCAGAUCUGCCUUUUCAGAGAAUGAGGUUAACAUCAAACACACCAGUGGGAGGAAAUGUACAGAAACAUGGUCAGCCUGCAUUCUGCAAAAGACAUUAUCUAGUCCAAACCGUUCAUUCUUUUCAAUACUUGUUCCAGCUGAGUGCAAGGCAGUAUAUUAAGGGGGGUGGUAACGAAUCCUUACACCAAGACACAGCAAGUGCUUGGAGAAAAUAAUCUGGAAAAUCACCAUCAUCAAUUUUCAGAUAUCAUGACAGGAAUCAAAGUCACAUUGACAGA